CGUGGCACCUCGUGAUGACCGAGCAGUUCCUGCAAGUGGUGCUGCCUUACAGCGGCGACCAGCUGUACGGAUUCGGAGAGAGCGGCCACGAGCACAUCAACCUCGCGACUGGAAGCGGCACCAUGUUUUCCAGGCGCGUCAGUAACUACAGCACGCUGGCCAGCGCAAACACGAACUCGGAGAACUUCGCCGGCGUUCACCCGUUCUUUAUGAACCCCAAAGGAGACGGAACAACAUGGGGUGUUCUCAUUCUCAACAGCAACGCGAUGGGUAAGUUACGAACGUCGCUGUCUUGCUUUGUGAAACUUCGUGCAAUUUUUUUUCUUUUUUUUUCGUGUGGUUAUAAUCUCUUGAUUCCAGAUUUCUUUGUGAGUUCUAAAAAAGAAAGAGAGAAAGAGAGAGAGAAAUUUUCGCUGUUCUUCAGGCUAACAUCGCUAAAUUAGAAGACUUCGUUGUACCGACUCUAUUUAUCGGUAUCGGUGCGUCGCGAAUUCGCGACGUUUGGCGUUUGGUCCGUCUUCGGCCAUAGGAGCUCAAAAUUUAUGUAGCUUCGAUGCGAAAUCAGGAACGUCUUUUUUCCUUCUUCCUCAAACGCUCUUUAGCAAAACUCAUGAGUUUGGUCUUGCUAGUGGCAAGCUUGUCUGCACACUCAAGCCUCUUGCGAUGAGGCGUCUGCGAUGCAGAAAGACACAAGAGCGUUGCUGCAUUUUAUACGACACAGUACAAUACUUUAUUCCCGUACAAUGUGUAUGCACUUUGUAAGCAAAUCGGGGGAAUAAAAGCUCAGGAGCUUGACGGGUCCCGGUUUCCUGCAGGGCAACCAUUGGCGACAGGUAGCAAUGAAAAGAUGGAGUAAAAGGCAGAACGUGAUACGCACACAUGCCUUGUGUGCCACGUAAUUUGUUCAAAAAAAUAAAGAAAGAGAGAAAGAAACUCGCGCGGCACUUUUCCGUGUUUCGCGAGCUUUCUUUCAGGCUUGGAAAAAGGAAACUUUUAUGUAGCACUUUUCGAACAGUAGAAAGCUGGAUCGGGAAUUUUUCGGCAUGGCCUACAAUUUUCUCAUUGACACUUUCGCUCUGAAUAUAAGAUUUGGGCCGGUGAAUUAUAAGUUGGAACUAAUUAUGUAAUUAGGCGAAAUACAAAUCUGACUUGCUCCAGACAACGGCUAACUGCGUUACCUUGGUUCCGUCCCUCUGCGUGGCAUAUUGUUAAAUGUUGGCACAAGUUAUUUGGAAACCCAGGAUAUACAGUGUGCCAGCUAACGUUAGCCAAACUGUUCAACCAAAAAAAAAUUAUAAUAAAGGAAAACACACGGAUAGCAUAGAUAAAAGAAUAUCUAUGUCGCUGUUUUCAAUUUUGCUUAAUAUGGCGGGCAGUCAGUACUUUAGCGUUUAUGUUCCCGAAUUAGUGCGAUCUGUCUGUCCAUUUUCCCGAUUUCAGGGUGCCAAAUAAACGGGCAAAUUCUUUCUCAGGCCAGCUAAAUUACUGAAUGCGUUUGUUUUAUUUAGUAAUUUGAAUCUAUAUAAGCAAGGUUUCUAAGUAUUUGGUUUUUCACUGGGUAGUAAAAGUGCAUGCACCCGCUGUGGGGUUGCUUACCGGCUACAUGGCCUUGCGCGGCUGAGCUUGGGGUCGUGGGAUCAAAUCCCUGUAGCAGCGAACACAUUUCGAUCGGGGAGGGAGAAAAGAAAGAAAGGAAAAAACUCCCACGUGUCGUGCAUUGGGUGCACGUGAAAGAUCAUCAGCUGGUCAAAAGAUUAUCCGUAGUCGACCGCUGCCGCGUGCCUCAUAGUGACAUCAUGGUUUUGGCACGUAAAAAAAGCUCAGAAUUGAAAAAAAAGUGUCAAUGCAACGUAUAACAUGCAACACGACGCGUACUUCACGUGCUUCCGGGCUCGUAUCAAACGUGCGCACGUUAUGCAUUGAACAGAUUACACGGUGACCCCGAGCGGGAACAUCGCCAUUGCGACCACGGGUGGAAUCCUCGACCUUUACUUCUUCGUCGGCUCCACGCCCACCCAGGUGGUUCAACAGUACCAAAAGCUCGUUGGACUUCCCUUCAUGCCACCGAUCUGGGCACUGGGGUAUCAAGUGUGGAUGACCAAUUACACGUCGCUCAACGAAGUCAAGGGCGCGGUCACAGCUCUCGACCAGGCUGGCGUGCCCAAGGAUGUCAUCUGGCUGGACGUCUUCCAAGGUUCAAAAGCGUUCACUUUGAACUCCGCUUUCGGCGGUCUUCAGGCGUACAUCCGGCAGCUGGCAAGCGUGGGCAUUCAAGUUGGCCUGGUCACAAAUCCGGCUAUUCCUGCCGACAACGUUACGCGGUACAGCCCGUACACAACGGGUCUCGAAGAAGACGUAUUCGUCAAGACGGGAUCAGGAACCAGCGGUUCUGACCCUAACGCUGUGCUUUAUGCGAAGGGGCUACCGACCGGUCCUUCAGCCUUCCCAGAUUUUCUGAAGAACUCUACUAGGCAGUGGUGGAGAAACGCCAUCCUGGACUAUCAGGAAUCCACCGCCGACUUUGACGCAAUGUUCCUCAGGCUGAAUGAACCGGCCGAGUUCAGCGGAUCUGCUUCCUGCGAGCGAAACGACGUGGGGUGCCAAAUGUGUCCUCAGAAUCGAUGGGAAUACCCGCCGUAUGUACCAGUCGCCUACAGGAACGAAGAAGGCAACGCAACGCAGCUUCGUAAUGGCACCCUCUGCAUGAACGCGGCGUUCGGCGAAAGGCUGCGAUACAAGCACUACGACGUCCACAGCAUCUACGGUUGGAGUCACAGCAUGGCGACGCAAUGGGCGCUGACCGAUCUCAUCGGCGACAGGACCCUCGUGAUUUCUGAAUCUACAUACCCUUCAACUGGCCGGUAUGCCGGACACCUCGUUCAACUGCCAGACUUCGGAGAAUGGUCGGGCCUUAGGAGAGCCAUUGUGGCUGUCCUGGAGUUCAACAUUUUCGGGAUCCCCUAUGUUGGAGUCCCCCUCUGUUCGGGGAAUAGCUCCACACUCUUGUGCCAGAGAUGGAUCGAACUUGGGGCCUUCUUUCCCCUUGGACUGGACUUCAGGAUGAAACGUUCAAAUGCAGACACACUUUCCAUGACACCCGCGGCCCUUGAUGCCGUCGCUAUGAGGUACAGUCUACUGCCUGUUCUGUACGCACUGUUCUUCAGGGUCAGCUUCAGCGGCGGAACGGUUGUGAGACCACUGUUCUUCGAGUUUCCGCUGGACAAAGCCACCUAUGCCCUCGACGAACAAUUCAUGUGGGGUUCUUCCAUCUUAUUUUCUCCAAUUUUAGACAAGGACGCAACUACUCAAUCUUACUACCUCCCGCCUGACGUCUGGUUUGACUUCACGUCGGGAUUGCGUAAAGACGGAUCCACGGAAAUGAAGAGCCGCAGUGUAACGGAGAACUCGACACUACUCGUCCACGUGAGGGGAGGGCAGGUGCUCCCAGUUCAGCCCACACUAAAGAACACCAUGGACAGGACAAAAGUUCCGUAUGACCUUUAUGUUUACCCCAAGGACGGAUUCGCGACCGGUGAGCUCUUUGUCGAUGACGGCAUAUCUCAAGGAACCGUUGAAUCAAACCAGUAUGACCUCUUCAGUUUUAUUCUAGCUCAGAACCUCCUACGUGUAUCGAUCAGCCAUUUCGGGAACGGGACGCGACAGAAUGCGACGGUCAGGAACAUUGUGUUCUUCGACGUUGACGCUGCACCAUCGAGGGUGACGAUGAACAAGAACAGCCUGUCUCAGAACUCGGUGCUCCACGAUCCCACCAAGAAGAGCCUGACGGUGACGGUGAACCUGCAGCUACGCUCUCUCAACAGUAUGGCUACAGAGGCCGUUCUGCAACUCUACUGACAUAGUCGACGGCUCCGAGAGUCUAAUCAGUGCCAUGCCCAAGAACGAGCUUUAGCGGCUGGCGCUGUUCGGGGAACGAAACAAAGAGUUCCUUACAAUACUACAUUGAUAGAAAUAUGGUGCCGUCGCCUGUGCGAUUUUCGUAACGGACGCUGUGACAUUCGAAUGCCGAGAUAUGAAAGAUUCGGUAUGUGCUGCAUGUGAUUGGACGUGAUUCGUUGUCAUGACUGAGCCAGUGACACAUUUUUUCUUUAUUUAUUUCUGCAAAUGAAUCUUCACCGGAAAUAUGGUUCAUCCACUUGUGCUUUCUCGCAUGUAACCUAACAGAUAAACAAGGAAAACGAAAACCUAUUAUGAUCGAAAGUUGAAGCCCGUGCACAAUGAUCACAAACCUCGUCUUAACCCCAAGGUUUACAUUUUGAUGUGAAUAUGCACCAUAUCGCAAUCAGUCGUUCUUAAACAGUUGCUUACAAUACAAAAUCAGCAUUUUACAUACCGUUUUCGUGGAGACUAAUCUAUCGGGGACAACGCAACACUGAUCACUGUCACAAUGCAAAAAAAA